UAUGUACAACAAUAACAAAUUGGACAAGGUAUCAGUCUCACUAAACCCCUAAUUUCUACCGAUUCUGCCACUGAAAGCUGACCCUCGCCUAUGGCAGUACAGUGGGGGACCUGGCUCUCAGUAGAGCGUGCGGGGUAGGGGCCGGAGAACCACUCCUCUACUGCUGGACACCGAGGGCGCUGAUCCACGUGAGCGAAUGACUGGAGGAGACUCGGCAUUGGAAAGAAGAACAGUUGCAAGAUGCUUUUUCUUAAAUGGAUUUACUUAGGUUUUGGCCUCAUCACUUCGUCUCAUGUUUGUAUGUCUGCUGGUGAAAUAUACACUUCGCUACUGAACGUAAAAGAGGCGAUCGCUAUUGAACGGACACUGAUAGAUACUCUGGGAACGUACAUUGACCACGAACUGGAAAGACUUGAGGACCUUAAACGGUAUUAUGUCCGAUGUUGUCAAUUUCCGCCGCUUCCCUGGUUUCCUGCCCAUUAUGAGGCCAAUGGAAGAGCCCACAUUUCCCUCAGAGAGAGUGUGAGAUGUGUGCUUGUAUUCGAUCCUGCAAUGGUAUGGUGCCCUGUGGUUCUUUCAUCCUCGUCGACAACUGGUACAGACACCGGCUCCACAUGAUAAAUUCCACUCUAGGGUGUCUGACCUGCACAACGCCGUUUACAACGGAUCCACCACGGCCAUGGCUAACCCCCUGAUCGCAUUCACUCUGAUCAAGCGCUUACAGUCUGAGUGGGCCAACCUGGUCUACAGCAACGAAGCCUCCGAGAACACACAAGCCCUGAGGUCCGGUUUCAAGGCGCUGGAGGCCAGCCUGCCCAAGAUGGAGGACCUGCAGGGGGCUGCUAAGGCCCUGAUGCGGCUCCAGGAUGUUUACGCUCUCCAGGUGGGGAGCCUGACCCGGGGUCGCUUCCAGAGAGCUGCACGGGGCGACCCCGUGGACAUCUAUCGGCCCGCAGUCUCCGUCCCUCUCUCUGGCGACGACUGCUUCCUGGUUGGAAAGGUGGCCUACGAACUGGGGGAUUUCUACCACUCGGUGCCGUGGCUGGAGGAGUCGGUGCGUCUCUUCAGGGGGUCCGGAGGGGAGUGGAGGCCGGAGAACCAAGGCACACUGGAGGACGCCUUGGACCAUCUGGCCUUCUCACACUUUAAAGAGGGAAAUGUGUCCUACGCACUGAGUCUGUCUCAGGAGUUGCUCCACCGUGAUCCAAUGAAUGGACGCGUUCUGCAGAAUGUGGAGAAAUAUGAGACGCUGCUUGUCCAGAGCACAUCCCUGCCCGUCAGCCAGGGUGUUGGAAUGAGGAGGCCCAACUCCACCGCCCUGAGAACCAGGAACACGUACGAACGGCUCUGCCAGACGCGAGGCUCGCAGCCCAAGCAUUAUGAAAACCAAAGACUGUUCUGUGACUAUUUCACCAAUGGGGAUCCUGUACUACUGCUGCAGCCAAUAAGACGUGAGGUUCAAAGCCUGCAGCCCUAUGUGGUUCUUUAUCACAACUUCAUCACAGACAAGGAGGCAGAGGACAUCAAGACGCUGUCCCAGCAAGGGCUGAGAAGAUCGGUUGUGGCAUCUGGGGAGAAACAAGAAACAGCCGACUAUCGCAUCAGCAAGAGCGCUUGGCUGAAAGACUCUGCCAGUGUCCUCAUGGGUCAGAUGGACAGACGCAUCGCGCGGCUCACCGGCCUGAACGUGCGCACCCCUUACGGAGAGUACCUCCAGGUGGUCAACUAUGGGAUCGGUGGCCACUAUGAACCGCAUUUCGACCACGCUACGUCUGCUUCAAGCCCUGUGUUCAAACUCAAAACUGGAAAUCGAGUGGCAACAUUUAUGAUUUAUCUCAGUUCAGUAGAGGCCGGUGGCUCCACGGCCUUCAUCUACGCCAACUUCAGUGUUCCGGUGGUGAAGAACGCUGCCCUCUUCUGGUGGAACCUCCACAGGAACGGUCGAGGGGACGAGGACACACUGCAUGCAGGCUGCCCUGUGCUGGUUGGGGACAAAUGGGUCGCCAACAAGUGGAUCCACGAGCACGGCCAGGAGUUCCGGCGCCGCUGUGCUCUCGACCCAGAAGAGUGAGCGCGAGGGGGAGGAGAGAGAGAGAGCGACAGGCCCACUCGGGGCACGAGAGCCCCUCCUCAUCCUGGGACAGAGAGGCAGGCUGCCCAAGCGGCGAAGGAAGGAAGGGGCGGUAGAGGGUUAAACUGGCAUUCUGCAUCUGCUGAAAGAGGCCCCUGGGAGCCUGGAGAUGGCCCUCCUGGA